CUCCUCCCGUCGCCCCUCCUCGGCGCACGGUCCACCCCCACGCCUUCCUUCCACCCACCCUAAAGGAUGCGCUCCCCCGCGCCCAGCGGCAGAGGCCACCGCUCCCCGAAAUGUGUGCGCCCGACCCCCUUCUCCGCGAACCCAGGAGCUGGCGCCCCCGCCCUGUAGGGUUAUGACUCGUUGAUCAAAACGGACUUUUACAAAUACUUUGCACUUUUGAUUGUUUAUUAUGGAUACCAAGGAAGAAAAGAAGGAACGGAAACAAAGUUAUUUUGCUCGAUUGAAAAAGAAAAAACAAGCCAAACAAAAUGCAGAGACAGCCUCAGCUAUAGCUUCAAGGACUCAUUCUGGGAAAGAAGAUGCUACCACAGUAAUUUUAGAUCAAGAUAAGUGUAACAUUGCUGUGGAAGAGGAAUAUAUUGCUGAUGAGAAAAAGAAGAGAAAAAGUAAUCAGUUAAAGGAGAUCAGGCGUACAGAACUAAAGCGAUAUUAUAGUACUGAUGACAAUCAAAACAAAUCACAUGACAAAAAGGAGAAGAAGAUGGUGGUUCAGAAACCCCAUGGUACCAUAGAAUACACGGCUGGAAGCCAGGAUACCCUAAACUCUAUAGCAUUGAAGUUUAACAUCACUCCCAACAAAUUAGUGGAACUGAAUAAACUUUUCACACACACUAUUGUUCCAGGCCAGGUCCUUUUUGUGCCAGAUGCCAACUUUCCUUCCAGUACCUUAAGACUAUCAUCAUCCAGUCCCGGUGCUACUGUCUCUCCUUCAUCAUCUGAUGCAGAAUAUGACAAACUGCCUGAUGCUGACUUAGCAAGAAAGGCCUUAAAACCCAUUGAAAGAGUUUUGUCAUCUACUUCUGAAGAAGAUGAACCAGGCGUUGUGAAAUUCCUCAAAAUGAAUUGUCGAUACUUCACAGAUGGAAAGGGAGUGGUCGGAGGCGUCAUGAUUGUCACUCCUAACAACAUCAUGUUUGACCCUCACAAGUCCGAUCCCUUGGUUAUUGAGAACGGGUGUGAGGAGUACGGCCUCAUCUGCCCCAUGGAAGAGGUCGUCUCCAUUGCCCUCUACAAUGACAUUUCCCACAUGAAGAUCAAAGAUGCGCUGCCAUCUGACCUACCUCAGGAUCUUUGUCCUCUGUACAGGCCUGGAGAGUGGGAAGACCUGGCUUCGGAAAAGGAUAUCAACCCAUUCAGUAAGUUCAAAUCCAUCAGCAAGGAAAAACGCCAACAGAAUGGAGAGAGAACCACUUCUUCAGAUGCCAAGUCAACAGGACCUUUGGAGAAGUCCAGAGAACACACACCUACGAAGCCCUCAGAUGGCCACAUGUCAGGGAAAUUCAAGAAACUGGAAUCCUCUAGGGAGACAACCACUGGGUCUCCCACAGUGACUAAGCUCCUCAAGAAACCCUCUGACACUCACACUGCAUUUGAAUCUGUGACCAAAGAAAACUCCCUUUUAGGAGAAGAUGAUGAUUUUGUUGACCUGGAAGAACUUUCUUCUCAAACUGAGAGUGGAAUGGACAAAAGAGACCCCUCAAAGGAGUGCCUUUCGCUUGACCCAGAAGAGCGAAAGAAGGCUGAAUCACCACUAAUCCGUUCCACUGUGGAAAUGCAGGUGCGGUCAGCCUUGGACUUUUCAGGAACAGAGAGUGACGCUGAGCUUAAGGGGGCUCUAGAUUUAGAAACUUGUGAGAAGCAAGAUAUAAUGCCGGAAGUAGACAAGCAGUCUGGUUCCCCCGAAAACCAGGUAGAAAACACACUGAACAUACACGAAGAUCUGGAUAAAGUUAAACUCAUUGAAUAUUACCUAAAUAAGAACAAAGAAGGGUCACAGUUAUCUGAACAUUUGCAGAAGGCAGAAUUAAGUGAUGGCAGAAGCAUUGAGCCAGUGGGAAUAGACAUCACCCUUAGCAGUUCUCUUCCCCAGGCAGAUGAUCUCCUGACUGAGGGUAAUAAAAAGACAGAUGAAACUUGGGUCAAAGAGAGAGGGCCACUUCCACUGAAACUGGACCCUUCCACAGGAGAAAAUGUGGAUAAAGAGUCUCUUGACUCCUCUUUGGAUUCUGCUCUGGACAACAGCUGUCAAGGCGCACAAACAGAUAAUAAAUCUGAAAUUCAGUUAUGGCUGUUAAAGAGAAUUCAAGUACCCAUUGAAGAUAUACUUCCUUCAAAAGAAGAGAAAAGCAAGACCCCACCCAUGUUUCUGUGCAUCAAAGUGGGAAAACCAAUGAGAAAGUCCUUUGCAACCCACACUGCAGCCAUGGUCCAGCAGUAUGGCAAACGGAGGAAACAGCCAGAGUAUUGGUUUGCUGUUCCUCGAGAGAGGGUGGACCAUUUGUACACAUUCUUUGUUCAGUGGUCUCCUGACGUCUACGGGAAGGAUGCCAAAGAGCAAGGCUUUGUUGUAGUGGAAAAAGAGGAACUGAAUAUGAUUGAUAACUUCUUCAGUGAGCCAACUACCAAGAGCUGGGAGAUCAUCACUGUUGAGGAGGCAAAGCGCAGGAAGAGCACGUGCAGCUACUAUGACGAUGCGGACGAGGAGGUGCUGCCGGUCCUGCAGCCCCACAGUGCGCUCCUGGAGAACAUGCACAUAGAGCAGCUGGCCCGUCGCCUUCCAGCAAGGGUACAAGGGUAUCCCUGGAGACUGGCCUAUAGCACGCUGGAGCACGGAACCAGCUUGAAAACUCUCUAUCGGAAAUCAGCAUCACUGGAUAGCCCCGUCCUGUUGGUCAUCAAAGAUAUGGAUAAUCAGAUUUUUGGAGCAUAUGCAACUCAUCCUUUCAAGUUCAGCGACCACUAUUAUGGCACAGGAGAGACUUUCCUGUACACAUUUAGCCCUAAUUUCAAGGUCUUUAAGUGGAGUGGAGAAAAUUCAUAUUUUAUCAAUGGAGACAUAAGUUCUUUAGAACUUGGUGGUGGAGGGGGACGAUUUGGUUUGUGGCUAGAUGCUGAUUUGUACCAUGGACGAAGCAACUCUUGCAGCACUUUCAAUAAUGACAUUCUUUCCAAAAAGGAAGACUUCAUAGUUCAGGACCUGGAGGUAUGGACAUUCGAGUGAAAUUCAGACCGCCUUAAAACACAACAUUGAAAAGACUGGGUUCCCUUGGCCCUCCUAACGUUGGCUGGAAAACAAAGUCCCAGGCCAGGCUGCCCCAUCCCACCAUAUUGCUUUCUUUCUGCCGUCAUCUCAGAGCAUGAUCACCUUGCAGAAAGAUUCUGAAAGGUAUGUGUGGAAGGCAGGUGCUGAAGAAGGAAAUUUGAAGUCCAGACUGUUGAAAGACUUUGUACUUCCACUUGCUUCCAAUCCAUGCAGUGAGGAAUCAGAGUGUUUAUAGAUAUAUGAGUUAAUGCAAUUUUUAUUUUUGGUAACUGUGAAAAAAAAAAGAUACUGUGGAAAUAUAUACAUGCCUUGUGUAUUUAUCAACAUAAUUUUCAUUACCAAAUGUACAGCUGUUGUUUGCCGUGGGAAAGGUUUGUCUCAUUCAGAAAAAUUGAAAGUACACAGCACUUAAAGGGAAUAGUUUUUUUUUUUAAAAAAAGUGUUUUAUUUAUUAUUUCUAGUUUAUUGUCUACAAUGUGUUGGCAGGUUUUUUCUUUUAAUGUGUCAAAUACUGAAAUAAAGAAAUGUAUACAUUUUGUGCUAUGUUUUUGGGAACAAAUCUGUUUGAUUUAUAUAGUUUUAUAUUGAAUUUUUUUUGCCCUGAUUGUUUAGGGUGAUAGGCCAUCAGUAGCAUAUAUGUAUAUAGAUAUAUACAUAUGUGAGUAUAUAAUACUGAAUUUUUAAAAGCUCAUUACCAAUGUUCAUUGAUUUGUCAUAUUAUAGAACAGCUUUUUAUUUAGCCAUUAUAAGGUACGUUUUUAGUUUUUCAACCGUGAACAUAUUUGUGUAAAAAAGAAUGUACCACUUUUCACAGUUUUAAGUUGAUAUUUAUAGAAAUGGAUACCUUUAUGAAUCUAGACUUAGGACAGAACACCCCUUUGGAAAAAAAAAGUUUUACUUCUUAUAAAAUCAUGUGUGUUAAUAGCAAAAACUUUAUUUUCAUAGUGUUUUUUGCACAGCUUUCCCUAAGUGUUUACAUUCAUGAGCAGGCCUCUAUUUUAAGGGGGGUUGGGUGCUUUAAUUUCUGCAUUUUUGAAAAUCAAAUGAAAACUGUCAGGUUGGACCAACUAUCUUGGUUUCUAGAUUUUUUUUUUUAUUUGAGAAAAAGCAAUGUAAAGAAAUUUGGAAUUCUUUACCAGAAUUGAAAUAAAAAAGAAAACCCGUUUCUAAAAUACCAACCCAUUUUCACAUCAUAAAAAUUUUUAUUAUAAGUAUAAUAAAGCCUCGUUAAAAAUUUAACCAAUAUUAUUGAUUGUUAGACUUCUAUGAAAGCCAAAGACUGCUGAUGAAAAAAAAAUUACAGGUAAUAGCCAAAGUUGAAACUGGACUGUCGUAAAUUAUUUCCUCACUGAUCUUUGAAAGGACAAAUUAAUAACAAGUAGUACUUAUGCAUCUGCAUUUAAAAAAAGCUCUUAGAGUAUUUCCUUUAGAUUUUUCUCCUAUUUUAGACUAUUUGUAAGGGAACAAACAAACUUGCCAGUGACCACUUGUCAGAUCAACAACUAUUAUACUCCCUUUCCAUUCCAUGCAAGUUUAAAUGAAUGCUAUAACAUUUUAAAUCUGUAGUCCAGGCAUAUUUUUCACCCAAGUUCUCCUAUUGAGAACUCUUGAUUAACAACAUUAUUGGCAGUUUAACUUUUUAAUCUGCUUGUUAAAUAUGUGUUGGUGUGAGAUACCAGGAAUGUUUCAUGUUUAUCAUAUUUACCAUUUGCAACCAUAUGCUAUUAAUAAACAAAAUGGUCAUUUUGCAUAUAGUUUACUCUUACCUAGUUUAGUCCAUGAUACUAUACUUGUGAGAGCAUAUCCAGAUGCUAUGUUCUCUAUUUAAAACAGUAUUGUCCAGUCAGAAAUGUGUGAUCCUUCCUUGAUGGCUAUUGACUAUAUGUAAUGCAGUGCUAUCCCAAUAUUUUCAAUAAAGGAAUUUAUGCACUCAG